AUGAAUAGGCAACACGUCACUUUACUUGUACUGCUCGACCUCAGUGCUGCGUUUGAUACCGUCGAUCAUGUUCUCCUACUUCAGCGCCUGCAAUUGAAAUUCGGUCUAUCUGGAACUGUUCUUAAAUGGUUUACAUCUUACCUUUCUCAGCGAACACAAAGAGUUACAGUUGGCGGUGUGUCUUCCGAGAAAUUCAAAGUUGAUUGUGGUGUUCCUCAGGGAUCGUGUCUAGGUCCGCUUCUGUUCGUUCUUUAUGUAAGCGAACUACUUGAGUUAAUAGAGCGUCACCUACCAGAUGCACAUGCUUAUGCCGACGACACCCAGCUUUAUAUCUCGUUUCGCGCAGAUUCUCGUAUCGACCAAGAAACUGCAGUCCGAACUGUUGAGAUGUGCAUUGAUGACAUCAAACGAUGGAUGCUUGCUAAUAGACUGAAACUCAACGAGGGAAAAACUGAAGUAAUUCUAAUCGGCACGUGGCAACAACUCGAAAAAAUCGACUUCAACAAUAUUCGUGUUGGCAGCAAUGUUGUUACUUGUGUUGAGAACGCCAAGAACCUCGGCUGCUGGUUUGACUCGCAGAUGAAAAUGGACACCCAUGUUACUAAAUGCUGCAAAGCUGCCUUCUUUCACCUUUAUAACAUUAGACGUAUUAGGAAGUUCCUCGAUCAACAUACAACUCAGAUUCUUGUGCAGGCUUUCGUUAUAAGCCGCCUGGACUACUGUAACAGUCUUUUUUAUGGCCUUCCUUCAACCCAAUUGAGGAAAUUACAAGCUGUUCAAAACGCGGCAGCCCGGCUUAUCUGCAAUACUCCUCGGUUUGAUCAUAUCACUCCUGUCUUAUAUGAUCUUCAUUGGCUCCCGAUUAAGUCCCGCAUCGACUUUAAAAUCCUUCUUAUUACAUACAAGGCCCUAAACAAUCAAGCUCCGACGUACAUUAAAGAGCUCCUCUCAAUUAAAAAACCCACCAGUUACAACCUUAGAUCCCACUCUGAUCCGUGUCUACUAGAAUGCCCCAGACUUAAAACUCUUAAGACCUUGGGUGAUCGAUCAUUUUCUCUCGCUGCCCCAACUUUGUGGAACGCUCUUCCCAAAGCUAUCAGGAUUGCAUCCUCAACAGCUACAUUUAAAAAGUUACUAAAGACAUUUCUAUUCUUAGAAGCUUUUAAUUAAUGCUUGUGCAUGUUCCAUUUUUACUUCUAGUUAUCGCUGUGAUACUUUUAUAAAUUCUUAACAUUAUUGUAAUAUAUUUUUAUCUAAUAUUUAUAAUUUGUAUAUUAUUUAUUACUGUAAGAAGCGCACUUGAACAUAUCCACAUGAAAAAUGCGCUAUACAAAUGUAAUUUCAUUAUCAUUAUCAUUAUGCAUACUGUAAGUUGAAGGCCCUAUCUGAUCCAGAAUAUAACUGGCCAUUUUGAAUGUUUUCAGGGCUGAGCUGAGACACAGCAUAGUGCACUUGCUAUGGAGUAUGGUGGCCAUGCCAAUAAGAAGCUACAAUCGUCCACAAAAUAUUUGAGACAAACCCCCUCACCCGAUUUCAAUGUUGUUAGGCACUACAAUAUAGUUUAAUUCCAACAUCAUAUGUUAAAUUUCAACUGCCAGUAUUAUUAUUAUUUCUUAUUAUUAUUUAAUCUUAUUUAAUCACGGUAGCCUUUCAGAAGUACAUCUGUUUUUCAAAGGGCCAUGAGUUCAUUAAAAUAUUUACAUAAUUGGAGAGAAAAAAAAAAUCUAAAAGCGAGAAAAACAGGCCACUUACAUAAACUAUUUACAUGGAUGCAAUUAAUUACACUAUAGAUUAGGACCAAUGGAUUAGGACAUACGUUUUAUGACAUUCUUAAAGGAGUUGACAGAGACAUCUUCUAUUAAUGCUUGAUCAAUAAUAUGAUUAGGUAGGUUAUUCCAACUCAUAGCUCCUCGAUAGGGAAAGCUAUUUUUUAGAAAAUUUGUCUUUGGCUUAGGUAGGUAAAUAUUUCUAUUGUUGCUACGUAAUUGAUAGUUGCCGUUUUCGUUCAAGUUAAUUGUCUGCAUUAGGUAGUCGGGCACUAGACCUUUAAGGGCCUUAAAUAUCAUUACAAGGUCGCGCUCGUCUAAGUUGUCUUUUAUAGGUCUCCAGUUUAAGGUUUCAAAAAUGUUAGUUGAUCGUAUGUCGUAACUGGAUCCUGUUAUUACACGAGCAGCCCUUUUCUGUAACUUAUAUAAUUUAUUAAUGUGAUCAGCGCGAAAACCAUGCCACACAGUUGAGCAGUAGGUAAAGUGAGGAAAUACAAGUGAAUUAUACAUUGUAAUUAAAACAUCUUGUGUAACAAAAUCUCUAGCUCUUCUUAACAUUCCGAUACGUGCUGAAAUUGUUUUACAUUGUUUACUGUUAUGUUCUUCCCAUUUUAAUUGUUCAUCUAUAAUUAUGCCUAAGGAUUUUGUGCUUUCAACUCGUCUUAUUUGCUCGCCUGCGAUUGAUAUGUUUGUAGUAUUUGUGCCAAUAGAAUUUAAUUUUUGUCGUGAGCCAAUUAUCAUGUAUUCAGUUUUUUUACGGUUUAAAGUCAGCUUGUUUGCGGUUAACCAUGUGUGAAUUAUUUCUAAAUCGUGAUUCAGUUUACUCUCUAUAUCUGCGGAUGAUAGUCCGUUACAUGAUAGGCUUGUAUCAUCCGCAAACAUUGUGGCACUUGUUGUUACAAGGCAAUUUGGCAGAUAAUUUAUAUAAAGGAGAAAUAGCAACAGGCCUAAAUUUGUCCCUUGAGGAACUCCGCAGGUAAUUGUUCUUAUAUCCGACAUUUUUUUGUUAAUUUUACAUAUUUGCUGCCUCUUCCUUAAAUAUGACUGAAACCAUUUGUGUGCUGUACCCUUUAUUCCAUAAGCUGUCAAUUUAGAUAAAAGAAUAUUGUGGUCCACUGUAUCGAAUGCUUUUUUUAGGUCUAAGAAUAGUACACCAUUGAGACCUUGGUCCAUGUUUAUUAACCAUUCAUUUGUUAAGCUCAGUAGUGCAGUUUCAGUUGAAUGGAGUGAUCGAAACCCUGACUGGUUUGGUGAUAUGAUACAGUUUUCGUCUAAAUAAUCAAGUAUUUGUGUAUAGACAAUUUUCUCAAAAAUCUUUGCAAUUGUUGAAAUUACUGAAAUAGGUCGAUAGUUUCCACAGUCUGAUUUUUUACCUGAUUUAUAGAUAGGGGUAACCUUGGCGACUUUCCAAUCUUCUGGAAUAAUUCCAGUACUUAACGAUAGGUUGAAUAGAUGAUUUAGGGAUGGUAUUAUGCUGUCGCCAGCUUCCUUGACCAAUUUUGUAGAUACGUUAUCAAGACCUGGUGACUUGUUAGUUUUGAGGUUCUUAACCACUUUUAUUAGCUCAUCAUAGGUUAUGGCAUGAAAUUCAAAUGAAUUUGACACUGGAGUGACAUAACUCAAAGGAUCAGUAUUUGUGAUGGGGAUGUUACUAGCUAGUGUAGGCCCAACUGAACAAAAAUAGUCGUUAAAUUCCUGGGCUAUAUUUACAUCACCAGUUAUGUCAAUCCCAUUGACCUCCACUUUAUUAACCGUAGUGGAUUUGGAGUGUUUAUUUAAAAGUUUAUUAAUAGUUUGCCAACACUCUUUACUAUUUUUGCAAUCUUUCAGCUUGGCAUUAAAAUAUUCAGUUUUGCAUUUCUUAAUGAGUUUCGUAAUUUGAUUUCGGCAUUUUUUAUAAGCCUUAUGGUAGUAUUCAGAGUUUAAUCUGACGGCUUUCUUUUUGAGAUCAUCUCUUUGAUAGGAAAGAGAUUUAAUUUGAUCUGUUAGCCAUGGUGCAUGAGCAAUUUUAACUCUUCGGGUUUUAAUAGGUGCAUGAGUAUUGGCAACGUCUACAAAAAUUGUUUUCCAUUCAUUCCAUGCAGUGUUUGGUUCAGCAGUAAAGCUGUACGUUUUAAAUAUUUCCUGUAAGUCAUGCUGGAACGCUGCCGUGUUAAAAUUUUUGAAUUGCCUUGUCUCGACUAUUUUUGGAGGCUGUUUAGGGAUACUCACUUUACGGCAAAUGUAUACAAGGUUGUGAUCACUAAUCCCUAAGUCUAUCACCCCACUAUCAAUAGUUUUUGUGUCUUCUACUUUAGUGAUCAUCAAAUCUAUUAAUGUUUUGCUAUUUAAGAUAGUUCUUGUUGGUAUCUGUGUAUGUUGCUGUAAUUGAUAUAUGUCUAAAAGGUCUGAGUUUUUUAGUACGUGCGUCUUUGUUUGUUGAAAGUAAAUCACAGUUAAUGUCGCCGGUGAUAACUAAGUCUUUGUUUUCAUUCUCCAUUAAAUGCAGAUUAUUUUCAAAUUUUUCAAAGAGUUCAAUAGGGGAGUUUGGUGGUCGAUACCAUGUAGAUAUCAGAAAAGGUUUACUUUUAGGUUUUUUAAUCUCAACACAAAUUGUCUCUAAGUCUUGGACGAGUAAAUCGUGUCGCUGGAUAUAAGGAAUAUUAUUUCUGAUGUAAAUGGCAACUCCGCCGUGCCUAUUUCUAUCACGGCGUAUUAUGUCAUAUCCACUAAUCCUGACAUCGCGGUCAUUGAAACUUUCAUCUAGCCUUGUUUCGUUAAUUGUAAUUAUAUCAAAAGAUAGUUCAUUGAUAACUAUAGUUAGUUCGUCUAAGUGUUUUGGCAAGCUAGCUAUGUUAAGAUGGCCUAUUUUAAAGCCCUUUAGUUUCGGAUACGAGUGCUGUUCAUAAAUAGAUGAUGAAAUAGAUUCAUGAUUUGAGACGUCUAAGAUUUGAGGCGAAGUACAGAAACACGAGCGUCUUUGAGACGUCUAGACGUUGCAACAAUUUGUGUAACCCAACAUUAAUUAAGCAGCAAUGAAUAUUUCAGUGCACCUUAAUGCACAUAAUUAUAUUAUUAUACACUUAUCUGUUUAAUACUAGGUAAUAGAGCUUAGAAGUGCUUACGUCACGCCAGCACCAAACAAUGAACUGCAAUGCAAUGUGGGACACACGUAGGAAAAAUAAUAACCUCAUGUUUGUUUCAAAACUAUGUGACGUAAGCACUUAUAAGGUUUAUUAGCAACAGACUUUAUGAUAUAGUACUAUGAUAAGGACUUUAUGAUAUAGUACUAUGACAUGUACAUUUUCUGUAGUGUAUGGAAUAGCUACGGAAUACUAAAGCCGCCCCACAAAACAUUGCCCACCUCCUCCACAAAGAUCACCACCAUGUGAUGUCGAGUCACCAACAACACCAGUUUGGACAACUGAAACUACAGAGUUUGGCCCCAUUCAAAGAGGACCGUUUGGCCAAGUUCUUCUACCACCAGGAAUAUUUGAGGAAAUACUAGAAAACAAAGAGAAUUUAGUUAACAGUAUGUGAAUAUUGAUAAAAUAACCUGCAUUUAUUUUGAUUAAUGAGAAUUGGAUAGACUACAUACCAAAUGUAAAUCCUCUAUUAAGCCCCCACUGGGCACUAUUUUUUGGGAGGAGGCUUUAAUGAAAUGGGAGACUUUAAUAGUUUAAUAUUGAUUUAGAUAGAACAAAAUCUAGUCAAAUAAUUUGUUCUUGUACUAACACAAACUUCUCAGACAGAAGAGCUUACUUUAGAGGGGGCUUAUUAGAGGAUUGAUUGUAUAAACUUUACCUCAAUGUUUAUAGCUAUCCUUUUCUCCAAUUUCACAAUGACCAAUACAUUUGUUUGGAAUUAGACAAAUCAUAGACAAUCAAAGGAAUUCCUUUGAUUGUCUAUGGACAAAUGAAGCAAGUUACUUAUAACAAUUUGUGUAAUUUAUUCCUUCUUGUUCUGUAGGCGGGAGUCUUACGGAAGAGCUAAAUAAAGUUAAAGCACAUAUGUACAAAGAGUUUGUAAAAAAUGGGAAGAACCCAAUUUAUGAAGCAGAUCAAUUUAGAAGAUUUUGUCAAGCAGCUGGAGCCCAAACCUUGUUUGACGUUAUCCUCUCUUCAGUAACCAAUCCUCGUCAUUCAGAAAACCGACUAAAAUUGAAUGAAAAAAGAGUGGUAGGAAUUAUUUACACCUAG